CUCUAUCACAACUGUGCAAAAAAAUGUAUUUUUAAAUUACUUUAAAAAAUAUUUUAAAAUUCAUUUGUGCAGAGCCGCUGAGUAUAACUUUUGCAGGGAGGGGACACUCACACUGAUGGGAAUAUCACAACACUACCUCCUCCACUCAGACUGACAGUGGUGGAAGUCCUUAUUUUAGAUCCUAAAUCAAAUCAAAUUUGAUUUUGAAUGUAUUUUAUCACUGGAAAGAGUAAAAAUGCAUCAAUGCUUGAUCACCAACCAGGCAAAGCAGAGAACUGCUCCAUGACCUCAGGACCCCAUCCUGGAGGCCACAUUUUUGCCAGCUAGUUUGUUGUGAUACGAUUAUUUUCAAAUUAGUUUGGGGAUAUGUAAAUAACAUGAUAAAGUGAAAUGAUUAGGGCCUUCAUGCCUAUCUGUUUUAUAGAGGAGACCUUUGUGAACAUGUGUUCAUUCCAUUAAUAAAAGAGCUCCCAUUAUGGACUCAUUUGUGCAUGAAUGUAGAAGAAAGCCUAAGUUAAUCUCCACUCCAGAUACAACUAUGAUAACCAAUAUAAACAUUUGCAAAACAUUUUAACUAUUAAGACAUCUAUCUAUGCAUUUAUCCACCCAUUUGUUAUCUUCACAUAUUUAUCUUGUACAGGGCUUUGAGUGAGCUCUAUCUGAGCUCACAGCGGGUCAGAGGCAGGGUGGGAUCUGCACCUGCACAGGUCACCUGUCUAAAAAUACUGUUAAGACUCAAAUUUGAAAUGCAAAAAUGAAAAGUGAGUACCAGCGAGACUGUUUGUUUUCAGGUAUAAAUCCACAGUAACAAAAUAUCUACAGUCUAGAUAUGUUAUUAUUACAACCUUAAUGAAGCUAACAUUUACUGCAGGACUGUUUUAUGUGACUGAUUAACUGGUAACUGACUAUGACAUCCACAGUUCCCACUUGCCUCCCAGUUUAAUUUGAAGCUGGAAACCGGAAACUCCUAGUACCACGUGACUCCGGCUCUGUUUCCCGCCCGUAUUCGUAAUGAAUUAUUUAGUACCCGGAAACAGCGGCGGAGUGACAGCUCUGUCCUGUAAAACUUACUCUCCGGGCUGCGUUCAGAUAAAGAGCCUGUGCUAGAGAAGAGGGAAACGUCUUUACUACAAAUGACCCAGAUGUUGUUGACCUGACUGCAUCGGCUGGUGGACUCACAAACUCAGGAGUUUGAUGUUAAAGAGGCUCAGCGAGUUGUGAAACAUCCCAAGUGGCCCAGCAGUUUGCAGCAGUCUGCCGUCGUCUUUUCAUCCUCCACAAGUUCCGCCUUCUGCAAAGACAGGUGUUGGAAUGAACAGGUCCAGGUCCAGCUGGAAUAAAAAAGCCCCCCAACCUCCGGUCACCAGGAUAACCCGCAGCUCCAGCUCCCAGGCCAGGCACCCUGACCCCGCUGAGUCUCUGGACUCUGGGCCAGGCCCGUAUGGAAAACAACGAAAGAAGCAGGCCGACUCGGCUUUGGCCCAGGACCUCAGCCAAAUGAGUGUGAGCGGACAGGAUGUUUAUACCCUCCAGGUGAGUAAGGGAAAGAUGUCCAAAUAUAGCAGUGACCCUGUGCAGGACAGUCAGUCCUCUGGGUCCAGAUCUGCUCAGGGCAGCCUGUCUGCUACCAAGUCAUCAUCCCGGGGUGGCCUCGCCUCUGUGGCUCGACUGGUGAAGCUCGGCCGCUGUAAGAACGUGGUGGUGGUGGCUGGAGCAGGAAUCAGCACAGCCAGCGGCAUCCCGGACUUUAGAACUCCAGGAACUGGUCUUUAUGCCAACUUGGAGAAGUACAACAUCCCUUACCCAGAGGCCAUUUUCAACAUCGACUACUUCUCCAACGACCCACAGCCUUUCUUCUCCCUGGCCAAAGCUCUGUAUCCUGGCAGCCACCGACCCAACUACAUACACUACUUCAUCCGAAUGCUUCAUCACAAAGGCCUGCUGCUCCGAAUGUACACACAGAACAUUGAUGGACUGGAGAAAUUAUGUGGCAUCCCAGACGACAAACUUGUGGAAGCUCACGGUAGUUUUGCCACAGCUUCCUGCCACUUGUGCUACACUCCGUACCCUGCUGAGGAGGCUAAGUGCGCUAUUAUGAAUGACAAAGUUCCCAUAUGCACAUUCUGUGCUGCUACAGUCAAACCUGAUGUUGUGUUUUUUGGAGAGGACCUUCCUCAGAAGUAUUUCCUCCACACGAAAGACUUCCCCAAAGCAGACCUGCUAAUCAUUAUGGGCACAUCUCUGCAGAUUGAGCCAUUUGCCAGCCUGGUGAACACGGUGCGCUCCACGGUGCCACGUCUGCUCCUGAACCGACACGCUGUGGGUUCCUUUGAGAAGGUCCCACUGCGGAGAGGAGACCACAUGGAGCUGGGCGACCUGGAGGAUACAGUCCGGAGGUUUGCUGAAAUGCUCGGCUGGAACAACGAGAUCGAAGAGCUGAUGAGGAGUCAGGAAACAGUGAGCAUCCCUACACUGAUAAACAGUGGACAGGUGCCUUUCCAGGGCAGAGGUACAUCAGAGCCUCCAGGGGGGAUGGAAACAUCCAGGUCCAGACCAGGAGGUCAAAGAGCAGCCAGCAGUGGCAGCGAGGAGACGGACUCAGAGACGGACAGCAAGAGCUCUGCAUCAUCCAACCUGAGUCACUGACGCUGUGUGUUUCAUUGAGGACAACACUGGAAAGGUCUGAGACAAGUUUCCUCAGUUCACACUAAGACUGCUCUCCCGUUAACUGUCCACGCAUUUCUGUCCAGGUUAUUUUAUAAUCUUACCUCUUCAUCAGAGCGUUUGAUGUUUAUUCUGUGUUCAUAUGUACAAAUCAAAAGGUUUAUCAACUUCAACAACCAUAUUUAAAGCACUUAUGGAGUUAUUACGGGGGAGUGCCUCCAUCCAGAACACUAGUAAAUGUUUGAGCCCUGUAACAAAAAUUUUAAUGGUUUUGCAAGUGUUCUUCUACAACAGCAACAACCUAUUAAUGUUUAAUAUCAGCACAACACUGUAUUUUAAACAAUAUUUAAUAAAGGUAUUAUGUAAUUUGCACCUUUUCUGCCCUUUAUAUGAUUUCCGAUGUAUGGGUCCAAAAAAGACAAAAACUCAUAUUCUCCAGUUUAUUAACUUUUCAGUGGACACCUCACUACAUAAAAUAAGAGUGGUGCUAUUUACAGUAUGUAAAGAAUGUGCAAAAAGAACAAAAUGAUUCUCAUAACAUAGUCUUUCCAGAUGGAGAGAAGGUGAUCAACAUGCAAUUUAAAUUUAUCCUGUGAUGAUUGUGGAGGGAAAAGAAGGCAUUUACAUGGGAGUGUGAGAGAAAGAACUGUGAUCCACGGAUGCAUGUUAAAGGGAAAAACCUGAAGAAAUGAGAGGAGACCCCAAACAAAUGGCCACUGGAUGAUUUAAGUAUGGAAACUGUGUGACUCUUAUGCUAUGGCCUUUGCAGCCUCAGACUGCUGAUCUAUGACAAGGUGCAUUGAAGCUGUUGUGGCAGCUCAUGGUGGCCUCGCACCUUUACUAAGACACUUAAUGUUGGUUGUCCCUUUAAUUUGUCACCCAAAUUAUCUGCAUUGUUCUUGGUGUGAAGAGGCAGUAGUAUUCACAGGUCAGGUGAAACGUACGCUCACUAUCAAACAACUGAGCUUAAUCCUGUGAUAACAUGUGACACAUGUUCUCUGGUUAAAGCAAUUUUCAUUUUCUCUAGAUUGUAAUCAGCAAUUAAAAGACUUUUUUUCUCCUUUACAACAAAUGUAUCAGUAAUCCAAAGCAGGAUUACAAUUAGGAAGCCAAAUCUGUUGAUUUGAAACUUGUAUCUCAUCAUGCCGCUGACUUCAGAACUGGCAGCUUUUACAUUUAAUCAAAAAUUGUACCAACACAAAGAAAAAAUAUUCUGUUUAUACAUAGACUAAACCUGUGGAUUUAUAUAAAAUUAGCCAAAAUUUCAAUCUAGAAAACAAAUCACGUUACUGAGAACUGAUUUAACAUCAUGCAGAUUUGGCAAGAGUAAUGUAGAUUAGAAAACAAUCAUUUCAGUUUACACAUUUCUUUGUCAAGAGUCCACAACAGGCAGAAAACAUCUCAUCUGUUUACUAUUGUCCACCACAGGAAGCUGUAGCAUCUCUUCAUUCUAAAUGAAAAGAGGAAGUUUUCUUGUCCAAAACACCUUUCAGUGACAUGACAGUAAGCAACAAGCCCUGAAUCCAGAAAGUUUCCUUGGCGACUAACUGAUGUGCAACAUUCAUGAUAAUUACACAACCAAAUAUAGAUUCACUGUGAGCUGCAAGUUCAAACUAUCCACAUUGGCACUGCCUGAUUUCUAACUAUACAUCAAUCCUGUGGUCCAGUCUGGACAGGCCCCAUGAUUUUAAACCGAGGAGAAACUUCAUUGUUAACAGUUUAUACUAUGAUUUCAUGUUUAAAUGUGUGUGUAUAAUGUGCACUUGAAUUAUCUAGAGAUACAAACAGUGGACAAAACAUGUAGCAGAAAAAUAAUCAAGAGAAACUUAAAAAAAAAAAAAAAGUCAAAAAGAAAA